AUUUAUUGAUACUGUGUACAUUUUUUGUCAUUUCUGAUGUCUUUAACAGUUGUUUUAUGUGUGUUUUUCAGGAUUACAUUUCUGUGCGGAAGGAUUAAAAAACUACACCAGACUGGUGGCCAUGACAGAUGUCAGUGGGAAAUUUAAACAUGGACUAGAUACUUUGAUGUGUAGCAAAAAAGUUCAUCGUUGAUGGUGGUGUUUUUCUGUGAUAUAUUGACUGGGAUAGUAUUACUCUUCAGAAAUACAGAGCUGUCAAUGCUGCAAUUUUGUUGUGAAAUUCACAAUCCAUGUCCAAAUGUGCUUGUUUUACUAUACAGCAAAGAAGGAGAAAUUAUACCGGGCCGACACCUAUAUGGCAAAUUCAGAAAGUGGAAUAUCUCAGCAACCAUAGGGUUUACAGUCAUGAAACUUCACACACUAGUAGCUGAUAACAAUACAAAUCAGUGGCUAAAAGGAUAUUUCCAAGGCGAUGAAUUCCAUAUGUCAGAAGGAAUUUAGAAUCGUACAACCAGUCAGCAGCUACCCAUAAACAGACCAACCUAUUAAGUCGAGCGGGCAGAAGCUGUG